ACAUGUUUCGUUCCGAGUUGUUUUGCGAGCGGACACGUCUCUCGUUCAACGGUCGAUGCGCGAUAUUAAGCAGAAAUGUGUUUAGCUUGAGUUAUAGUGAGCAGUUAGCACAACUGACGUGAAUACAGACAGAUAGGGUAUUUUUCUAGACAUGCAGUAAACCUGUUGUAGCGACUGUCAGAACAGCUUUUACCAUGUAAGGUCGUGUUAGGCUGCUCAGAGCGAUGCUAACGACUUUAUUGGACAUAACCGUAAUGUUAGCGUUUGCGUGUUUGUAGCAUUAACUUAUAAAAGCCACCUCAAAAAGUGAUCUCCGCGUGUCUGCAUCCAGAACCUCAGCCUGUGAUUUAAAACCACUCACAAUUCUCAACUCCGUGCCUUUCAUUUCUGCUUGGGAUGCCUAAUGCCAGUGCAAGGCCGAAGCAUGGCAGGAGGACCCGAAGGCGACGCAGAGAGGAUCCUGCCAGGAAUGAGCUGGUGUCUAGUUCACUAGAAAGUGCCCAGCAGUGCCUGUUCAACCAAGAUUAUGGAACUGCAUUUGUGCACUACCUUCUGGUCCUCAACCUUGCACCUGUCUUUAAGGAGGUUGCGAAGGAAUCCUUCAGGUUCACUCUCUUCAAAUGGGCAGAAGAGUUGGACUCUGUCGGCCGCAUUCAGGACCUCUUUGACUGUUACGAACAAGCGUUGGAACUCUUCCCUGCCGAUGAAGUCAUCCUGAACAGCAUGGGCGAACACCUGUUCAAAAUGGGAUUUAGAGAUGAAGCUGCAGGUCAUUUCCACAAAGCCUUGAAACUGAGACCGGACUACCCAGAAGCCAGGGAGAACUUCUAUCGUGUGGCCAACUGGCUGGUGGAGCGCUGGCAUUUCUUAAUGCUCAACGACCAUGGAAGGAACCGGAAGUACCAGCAAGCCAUCCAGAAGGCUGUUGAGAGCGGCUGUAACACUGUACUUGACAUAGGUACUGGCACUGGGAUCCUUGGCAUGUGUGCCAAGAAGGCAGGGGCUGCUGAGGUGUACGCCUGCGAGCUGUCGAAGACAAUGUAUGAACUGGCCUGUGAGGUGUUGACUGCAAACGGAAUGGAUGGUAGGAUCAAGAUCGUCCAUAUGAAAUCUCUGGACAUGGAGGUGCCAAAGGACAUCCCACAAAGGGUAUCGUUGGUGGUGACGGAGACCGUAGAUGCGGGAUUGUUUGGAGAGGGCAUCAUAGAGAGUCUCAUUCAUGCCUGGCACCACCUCCUGCUGCCUCCACAGGCAACACAAGCACAGAGCGGGGAGAAUGAAGUCAGGGAACCAUCUGCGACAGGUCGGGUCAUCCCUGCUGGAGCUACUGUGUUUGGAAUGGCUGUCGAGUGCCCUGAGAUCCGCCGCAAUCACAGGCUUCGUGUGUCAGAGGUGGGCGGUCUGUCCAUGGCUGCAGCCGGGGAGCUCCGUAGUCCAGUGAGCUGCACCUCUCUGCCAGAUGACUCCAUGGAGCCUUACACUACAGAGAGACUUAGCAGAGUGCCAGGAGGAUAUAAACCACUCACAGAGCCGUUCACAGCCCUCAACAUAGAUUUCAACAACGUGCAGGAAUUGGAGGGGCUGACCUCUAGGGAGGUUCAGCAGAUCCGCCUGCUUGUCACGCAGGAGGGACAGCUGGAUGCUCUGGCCGUGUGGUUCCAGCUCCACCUGGACGAGGAGAGCAGUCUGUCCACCGGACCCCAGGAGGACACCUGCUGGGAGCAAGCCAUCUACCCUGACCACAGCACCAAGGGUUUUGUCCUGAAACCUGGAGAUGAGCUGAUUGUUGAAGUCUCCUGCCGUGAUGCCUUCCUGAGGCUCUGCAGUGUUGCUGUGGUGAGAGAUGGGCAUGAAAUCCAUCUAAACAAGCGUCUGGAUUCGCAGCACUCUGGGAGCCCCGUUUCAAACCCAAACCCAGAGGCAGAGCUGUGCAGUGCAUUAGCAUGUCUACAGACUGACCAAAAUCAAACCAAAGAUUUCUGCAUGCUGGAAUGUUCAGAAAUAGCGCUCCUGAACAAUCACGACUACCAUCAGAGUUUUCGCAGCGCGCUAGCCAAACUCAUCUCCCAGCUGAAGGUUGCAUGCCAAAACGAAGAGCCAGGAUCAGGUGUUCAGUCUGACCUCGCUGGUAGGCCCCUUUUCUACGUGCUGGAUGUGUCAGAGGGCUUCUCUAUGCUCUCCCUCAUCGCUGCCAGCCAAGGUCAUGUAAAAGCCUACAGCUCUGUGGAAAAGAAGAAGCAACAGGAAGUGCUGAAGAGACUGGCUUGCUCCAGUAAUAUCCCAGAAGAACAUCUAGAGUUCUGGCUCAACCACAUGGAGGACGAGCACGGGAUGCUGCAGAGGCCCUCCAGGGAAAAGCUGUGGAGCGCCAUCAUCCUGGACUGCGUGGAGACGUGUGGUCUAAUCAGACAAAAGCUGAUGGAGAAAGCUUCACUGGCCAGGUGUCUGCUUGAAGAAGGAGGACGUGUCUUCCCAGAAAAGAUUGUGGUGUAUGGUAUGCUGGUGGAGUCAGACACGUUGCUGUUGGAAAGUGCUGUCCAGGGUCAGGAGCCAACACUGGGAUUCAAUAUUGCUCCCUUCAUCAACCAGUUCACUGUACCGGUCCAUGUGUUUCUGGACUUCUCCACCCUGGAGUGCAGGCAUCUCAGUGAGUCUGUGGAGCUCUUUGUUCUUGACCUUAUGAAUGCCAGCGCAAACUACACCAACAGAGAAAUCAAGGUCCAGGCUACGUCAGCAGGCAGAAUAACUGCUAUUCCCUUUUGGUACCAAAUCCACCUGGACCAAGACAUCAGUGUCAGCACCCUCAGCCAGAACUCUCACUGGAAGCAGGCAGCUGCCGUGCUGCAGCAGCCCCUGGAGGUCCGAGCCGGAGAUUGGGUCCGCCUCGCAGUGAAGCUUCACAAGAGCACCAUCUCCAUAACGGCCCAUAUAGAGGAUGUCCCCGGUCAAAUGGAGUAAUAAUUUCUUACAAUGUAGUUAUAAGUUGCAUUUUUAUAAAAGUCAUUCCUCAACAAAUUCAGUCCUAUUGGCACACAGGAUGGAUGCAUUACAUCCUUUCUGAUAUCAUUUAGUUUGCCCCUUUUUUUUGUCAUUUCUCAUAAAUGUAAUGCCAAUCUUCAAAUUUGCAAGUUUUUCCAGACACACAUAAUCUGUUUUGAGAUUGAGUUAGAAGCCUGCAUGACCUGAACCCGUGCUUGUGCCAGUGGGAUGCUGAUUUAUCACGAUCAUGAAGAAUUUGAAACAAUGAACCUCCAAGUUAUGUUUAAAUUUGUAAAUUGUGCCAUAAGAUCAUAGGACAUUUAUAAUUUGUACUUAUGAAUAUAUUGUUUGUAAGUAUAUCAGAAAUAUUAUUAUCAUUCCUUGAUUAUAUAAAAUUGGUUGGUACCAUAAAAACAAAAUUAAAUAAAUGUGACAUUUUCUUAAUAAAUGCAAGAAAAAAAGAAAUCUGCUAUAGUUAAUCUGGUUUAUUGAAAGUUUUAUUGAAGAAACUGUCGAUGGAGUUGAAUUAAAAUGUGGAACAUGUGUUCUGA